AUGGCUUUUCGAGGUGAACGAUUCGUCCUGGAUCUGGACGACGAGGCCAGUCCUCCCGAAGAUCCUACUCCUUCUCCAUUCUCCCUGGUUGGAGAGAUCAAAGAGCGCGAGUCCAUCGCCGCCACAGCUCCAAAACCGCCGACCCCCACUGCUUCGACAACGGGCUUCCCCGCCCAUCGCCAGCGCAAAAAAUUUACAUCCUUCAAGCAGCGCCAGGCUGAGAAAUCUGCUGUAUCAAAUAAUCCUACACAAGGUCUCGGGUCUCCACCAGUUCAAGAUGACAAACAGUCCAUUGCGGAGGAGAACAGCCGGCAUCUAGCUUCUAUGUCAGAUGCGCAGGUUGAGCAGGAACGAGAUGAAUUGCUAGAGUCGAUGGACCAAAGCCUGCUGGAACGAUUUCUUCGCCGAGCCAAGAUCAACGCAGAUGAAGAAUUUACUGGCGACUUUCCACAGCCAGCGUUAGACAAUGCGGCGGCAUCAACGUCCAAGAAAUCGGUCUCUUUUGAUAUUCCCUCCGCCAACAACCCACCUCCGAAGGCGCCUCGAUCUGAUGUCAAGGAAUCAUCUAAACCAUAUGUAUAUGAUGACGCCGCACCCACUCAAGUGCCUGAGGAUCUUCGCCCCGCCUCCGAGUACCCAUCUCUCGAUCCGGCCACAAUAGAAAAGUUCCACUUCCCCCAACCAAAACAACCAAGGCCAAUACUCGACCCGUCUUCCCCCAACUUCCUGUCCGAUCUUCAAUCACACUACUUCCCAGAAAUGACACACAAUCCAUCUGCACUAUCAUGGAUGCAACCACUCACCAGCGACAAGGAAGACCCAGAUUCAACCUCGGCCUACCAUCCAGACAGUGAGGCCAUCUCAGUUGCACCGUCUGCGCUCCGCUUCUCACUGGUUGGAAAAAUUCUACCUCCAUCAGUAUCCCUUUCCCUUCCCACAAAUCUUGGUUUACACCACCACGGCCAAGAUCCACACGCAGCGGGAUAUACAAUCCCCGAACUAGCCAUUCUAUCACGUUCCACUUUCCCGGCUCAACGAUGCAUAUCAUGGCAGGUUCUUGGCAGGAUUCUCUUCCGACUGGGUUCGGGCGAAUUUGGUGAGCGUGGCGGGCCGCUAUCGGAGGGGUUGUGGUUUUGUAUUGAGAAAGAAGGUGUUGUGGCAGGCAUGCUGGCUGAAUCUGAGGGUGCAUCUGGACAGAGUAUUGAUAAGUCUCGUGGUAAGUCAGAUGCAGAGAACGAUGUUCUGAUGCCUUCUGGUAUUGGUCGUCAUGCCAGUGCUGCUGCUUGGGCGGUUGAGGGUGUUUGGCUUUGGCAGAAGAGCGGGGGUGGAGACCGUGGCUUGUUGAAGAAAGGUCAGAUUCGCAGCAAUUAA